AUGCGGCUCGCGCGCCCGAGUCUGGCGAAAUCCCACGACCGCUUCCAACGCGCCGCCCACGCCAACCCCUCCCCGCUCAGGCUGCAGCUCGCCGCGAGCGUCUACAAGAGCGAGCGCCGGCUGAUCUUCAAAACCUAUCGCACCUCCCACCUGCAGUGUUUUUCCUCCCUUGUGGGGGCGCCUUUGAUCGCCUAUGGGCUCUAUCGAACCGCCGUUUUAUGCGCGGACCCGCGGAUGUCGGUCGGGGCGUCGGCGUUUCUGUGGUGCAAGGCGUUGGCCCUUCCCGAUCCCACCUUUUCCCUCCCGGCGAUCUGCGGGGGGCUGACGCUUCUGAAUUUGGAAUUAUCCUUGCGGAGUGCGAUGCGCACAAGGCGGAUGGCCGUGUUUAUCGGGGCCGCGCGCCUUUCCUGCCCUAUUUUUAUCGCCAUCGCCUCCACCUUCCCAAGUGGCGUUUGUUUGUACUUCUUCGGCGUCAGUUUGGUCGGUCUUUUGCCGUCUAUUUUGCUUCGUGCGUCGGUCUUUCGGCGACUUCUUCGUUUUCCGAGUUAA